AUGCAUAAAAAACAUCUAUUGAAACAACGUCGUCUUCAAUUAAGCAAAGCUAAAUUAAGAGCUGUUUCACGUACAAGUGCUUUACUAUCCGGUUUUGCUUUGAUUGCUAUGGUUGAAGUAUCAUUAGAUGAUCAUAAACAACCAAAUGGAUCUAUACCUUUAAUUAUUGUAUAUUCAAUUCUAACAUGUCUUGUUGUUGGUGUACAUCUUUUAGCUUUGAUGAUAAGUACAUGUCUAUUACCAUUACUAGAAGCUGAAAGUUUUCUUCAUUAUAAAGAACAUGAAACAAUAUAUGUUUAUGUUGAAUUUACUUGGUUAUUAAGCACAGGAUUUGGCAUAUUUUUAUUUCUAUUAGAAAUGACGAUUAUAUGUUGGGUGAAAUUCUUCUUUAUAACACAACGUGCAGCUAUUGCAACAACGAUUGUAUUUCUACCAAUUUUUAUAUUAUUUUGUACAUUCCUAUUGACUUUUCAUCGACGUCUUGUCAUAUUAAAAUUGAGUCAGCAUCAAAAUGAAUUAGAUCAAAUUGAAAAAAAUUGGACAACUGUACAUUUGCCACUAGUUAACGUUAUUUAA